AAACUUUGAAAACUGAUAACUACUCUACAUUAACCCAAACUAAAAUGUUUAUAAAUGUUACCGACAAACGAGUAAGGAGCAAAAGUUUCCGAGUUUUUAGCCGAAAUGUUUUUGUCCAGAUGCGGGAUACUUGUAACGGGUAUGACGCUAUUGAAAAUGCAAUCCUAUUGGUUAAAAAAAUAAACAAACUUUCUCGUAGUUUUUAACAUCAGGGGGGGGGGCGAACGAGAAAUAUUUAUAGACAGAUACCUAAAAGAGUUUUUAGAGAAAUACAAUCGAGGAAAAAAAUACGAAAAGCAAAACUUUUGCGCAGAAAAUUAUCGCUAGGUAAGUGAGUUUCAAUAUUUUUGUUUUAUAGCUCAUUUUAUAAAUUAAAAGUGUUUUUCGUCACGUUAUAUAUUAAACUUUAUACAUACAAAAUGAGAAAAAAAUACAUACUAACAAAAUAAAUGUAUUGAAAUAUAAACCAGAUAGCCAAAAAAGUCGUCGUUGAAGACCAGCUAUAUAGCUAAGGAAAACAUGUGAAAGAUUUUUAGCUCGGUAAGUCAAUUUAUUUUCAUGUUUCUCAGUCUUGCAACAUUUUUCGCAAACUCGCUUUAAAAUUUAUAAAUUGUCAAAAGCAUUGCCUUUAUACCGAGCUAAAAAUGUUCACAUGUUUUCCUGAGCUAUUAUAGAUGGUCUUCAAAAUAUUUUGUUUUGUUUGGCAACUUAUAGUUCAUAGGCAUUUAAUUUAAGCGGGACGAAACAUGACUCAGCCUGCGAAAAAUUUCGCAAAGGGAAACAUUGAAACUAACAUAAGGUAACUUUAAUACCGAGCUAAAAAUCUUUCACAAUGCUUUCCUAAGCUAUAUAGCUGGUCUUCAACGACGGUUCUUUUGACUAUCUGGUCUAUAUUUCAAUACAUUUAUUUCAUUAGCAUAGAUUUUUUCCUCAUUUUGUGUGUAUAAGGUAUUAUAGCGGAACGAAAAAUACUUUUUACAAUUUAUAAAUUUUAAGGUUACAGGAGACCCUACGCGCAGGUUUCGGGAGAUUUACCAUUACUCGGCGAAUUUUUAUCCAAUUUCUCUCAAAUUUUCUCCAAAUAUAGUCCGAUAGAUGAAAAAAAACAUAGGGUUAUAAAAUAUAUCAGAAAGAAAUAACUUUCCCGAAUAUUGUUACAAGUUUAAGUUUAUGGGACCUUCGCGCGGCGAGCUACGUUAGAUGUAGGUUUCACUAAAAUCCUGUCAAUCUAUCAUUUUUACGCUUCUCGAGUAUUGCACUAAAAAAGGGUGUUCGCAUUUUAUCGUUGCUUCAGGGGUUACAUAGCUAAGACAUGUUCUUUCCCGACCUGUGUUAUAUUGCAACGAAUGCACGAAAAAGGUCUGUAAUUUUGCAACUAAAGGCUUGUAAAACUCGCGCGAAAACCCUUUUGUAGCCAAGACAUACACCUACAGUGUGUGCAAAUUUCAGAACGAUCGGUUAAAACGCACGACUAACCAAGCUUUUUUAGUGCGUGUUUACGACUCAAAAUUAAUAUAUCUGAUAAUUGACUUUAAACAUUUCGCGGGGUUUUUUGAAGUUCUGUCUAUUUUUCCCCACUAAUUAAUUCAAUUGUUGUUAACCAAUUACAACGCGUGUGGCAAGUGAUGUUCCGUAUAAAUUAUGGCAAGCGAUGUAUUUUAUGUAAACUUCCGUAUAAAUUAUACUGUAAAACUUUUGUCAAGCAAGUCACAGAAGUCACUAUAAAACUACUAGUCAUGCCUCCAAAGCGAAAACGCAAGGCUGAGCCUGUGUCCAUAAAUAAAGAUAAACCCGCUGUUGGAUCGGAAAGCUACAUUAAGACGUUAAGCUAAAUAAGUGCAUCAUUGUGAAUGACACUCGCAUCUGUUAAUGAUCACAUAGCAGUCGAACAUUUGUUAGUAUAGAUAAUCAGCCUUUAUUUUAUCUCAUAAUUGGUUUAAUAUGACAAGUGUACAUCAUGACACGCAAACCAGUGCAUGGAUCAGUAUAGUUUUGUAAUUCAAAGAGAGAGGAACUGCUACAUCUUUUAGAGGAUUUUAUGGUAAAAGAAUAGACGAAAAAGAGCGACAGGGAAAACAUCUGUAAGUGACAAUUCAUGUGCAUGCAGUUCAUAAGUUUAUUGUGUAGUUAUGUUUUAUAUAGUCAGUUUAUACGAUUUAGUAUUAAUUUAGGUCUAUAUCUAUUCUAUUUAGUCGAACCACGUUUCACGUUUAUGUUCACGGUUACUGUGCGUUUUACACGUUAAAGACUUUUGUUGAAAUUAUAUACUUGAAACUAUCGUCUCGAGUUUGCGAUCGUGUAUUUCGUUGCCGUUGGUUUUGUCAGAAUUUGUUUAUAUUCUGAACUAUUUCGCCACGUGCGUUUGGAGCGUUUUCCAACCGAUUCAUCAAAUUUUCUGACUAUACUCACACGUAAGCCUACGAACUGAAUUUGGUCCUCUCGUUUAGAAGUAGUGAGGCUUACAUAAGUUCGAAGAUGCCCACGUUUUGUUUGGCAUUUUGAGUUGACUGUGUUGCCCAAGUUGAACAAAAACUAUCGGUUCAUCAUUCAAAUCAAAUUAUCAGUCACACAACCGUAGUAUAUGGAUCCAAACGCAACCAAUCAAACUGUUGACCAGAUCAGUACAGAAAUAAGCGAUCACGAACUCGAUUCAAAUCGUUGCGCGGACAGCGCGGUUCAGGAUCAUGCGACACAAAUUUACCAAAGUAAAAUGGCCAGAAAAACCGCAAAAGCUAACGUCACGCGUAAAAUAAAUGAGAUCGCCGAGUUAGUUAAGGAUGUUAAUAACUUGGAACGUGUUCAGAGCGUAUAUUACGAUUUUGAAGAAUCUUUAAGAAAAUUUACUUUGGCACAUGGAAAUUAUCACGCAAAUUUAACUGAUGAAGAUGACGUACAGGAAUCGGAAGCUUAUUAUAGUGUUGAAGUACGCAGAACAUCUGCAUUUAAAGAUAGGAUAAAAACUUGGCUUGAAAAUAACGAAUUCUGUCAUAAAAACGGAACGGAACAAUUUAAUGAAAUUAGACCUAGCGAUUCCGUGAGUAAUAUUUGCAGUCGCACAGACUGCGGUUCAAAGUCUUCACGCAAGUCAAAAGUUGUACGCUCUGAUAUCGGUUCAAUGAGUUCUCGAGUCUCCAGUAAGGGUUCAGCGUUUAGCGCAAAAGCUGCUGCUGCCGCAAGAAAGGCAGUUCUAGAAGAAGAAGCGAUCAGGCUUCAACGGCGACAAGAGCUCCAACAACAAGAGCUUUGUCUUAAACAAAAAAGAGAAGAACUCGAACUCGAAACUAAAAUAGCGCAAGCGGCUGCCGAAGAGCGUACUUACAGCGAAAUUGGCGCGUCUCAACCCGAACAUGUCAAUCCAAAACAAUGUCGUGACGAAUUGCGUGCGUGUUCAAUUGUUAACUCUAAAGUAAUGGGAUGCCCCAGGGAAGAACAUUCUAGAAUAAACCUCGAAGCUGUAAACCAAUUACCAACCACUCAGAACUUACCGUCAACACCACUUAAUCCCCACGCUAAAGAUUGGAGUGUUAAUAGGAACGAAGUUUCUAGGUGUCAGACGAAUUUGACAGAUCUUAAUAGGCCUGACACCCUCGCAAAUGAACAAUUAAACACGAUAGGAAAUGAGGAAAAUUUGGCAGUAUUACAAUCAGUCUACCCUUCGCAAGAAACUCACACUCAAGACGCAAAAAUAGUAGAGUUAUUAAUCCAGCAACAACAGCAAACAUUGGCUUUGACACUUCCGUCACCUAAGGUGCCCAUCUUUCAUGGUAACCCAAUCGAUUUCCACACUUUCAUUCAAGCUUUUGAACAAUUGAUAGAGUCUAAAACCCAAAGUGACAGUUCUAGACUAUAUUAUCUUUUACAAUACACAUCAGGUGACGUACAAGAUUUAAUGCGCAGUUGUUUAUCAAUGAGUCCUGAAGAAGGGUAUAAAGAGGCACGUCGGCUUCUAAAAACAAAAUACGGAAGAAAUUAUCAGAUUGCCACAGCGUAUGUUGAGCGUGUAACUAAUUACCCAUCAAUUAAAUCUGAGGACGGUGAAAGUUUACAGCGGUUUUCCAUUAUGUUAACAACUUGUAAAAAUGCCCUCAAGCAAAUUGGCUAUCUUAGUAAAAUUGAAAAUCCCGAUAGUUUACAAAAGAUUAUGGAAAAGUUACCUUUUGGUUUGCGACAAAAAUGGCGUGACGUAGCCGAUGACAUCACCGAAGUCAAACAACGCGAGAUCACAAUCGAGGACAUCGCAUUAUUUGUCGAGAAACGAGCGAGAGCCUGCAAUCACCCAAUUUUUGGCAAGAUUUCGAGAGAAACGAAAUCCGAGAACACUGUUGGAAAGAACACGAAAUCGACUCGAGGAUCAGCCUUUGCAACAAAGGGGAAUGACGACAACUCGCCUCGUACAGCAGUGAAAUGCCCAUCUUGUGGAAGCGGUCAUUGGCUUUCUCGGUGCGACGACUUUAAGAAAAGAUCGAUCGAAGAGCGGUUUAAACUCGUGCGUUCCUUAAAGUUAUGUGACAAUUGCCUCGUACCUGGUCACGUGGCGCGUUCGUGCCAGAAAAGAAGUUUCUGCAAGAUGGACGGAUGCAAGUACAAGCACUCUACAUUCCUGCAUCGAAAGCCAGCAAAUACCGACGGAGACCAAACGGCUAAAAACCCAAAAAACGAAAACGCCAAUCCUCAGCAAUCUCAAGUCGACGAACAUAAUGUGCAUAACGGUUACGUUAACACAGAUGAUGAGCGUCGCGAAUCUCGUGUGAUAGGGCUGCCGAUUGUUCCAGUGAAGGUGAGAGCAAAACAAGGUAGUCGAACGGUCGAAACAUACGCCUUUCUCGACGGUGGUUCUAACACUUCGUUCAUUACCGAAUCUCUGUUAAAGCAACUCGCGGUCAAAGGCAGCAAAACAACACUAUCCCUGACCACUAUGGAAAAAGAAAGGAGCAAAUUGGAGAGCUCGGUCGUCAGCAUUGAAGUUAGCGAUUUGAAUGGUCAGAAUGCUGUUGAAAUUCCUAACGUAUUUUCUGUUUCCAAGUUGCCAGUAUCCAGAGAGGAUAUCCCACGCAAAAGCGAUGUAGAACGUUGGUCUCAUCUCGAAGGCAUUGAUAUCGAUGAAGCUGACUGCGAAGUCGGCCUCAUAAUUGGUAAUGACGUCCCGAAAGCGUUGCAACCUAAAGAGGUUGUAGAAAGUAAUUCAGAUGGCCCGUACGCUGUGAGAACUGUUUGGGGUUGGACAGUAAACGGACCACUGGGUCGUAACGAUCAUCAAGCUGCAACGGCUAACUUCAUUCAGAGCAACGAGUUGGAGACAAUCUUCCGGCAAUUUUGCAAUCGGGAAUUUAAUGACGUAGAAGACGACGUAGCGAUGUCAUGCCUGGACAAAAGAGCGUUGAAGAUCAUGGAAGAAAGCGUUCGAUUAAAAGACAACCAUUACGAACUAGCCCUACCUUGGAAGAACACACAGCCGUCUCUGCCAAAGAACAAGUCUAUCGCAGUACGUAGGUUAAUGUUGUUGAAGAAAAGAUUAACUAAAGAUAGCGACCUUUUUCAAAAAUAUUCAGCUUUCAUGCAAGAUCUCCUGCAGAAAGGCUACGCCAGGAAAAUACCAGAGGAAGAACGUCAUCGACAAAGCAAUACUACCUGGUAUCUACCACAUCACCCCGUUUUCCAUCCCCAGAAGCCAGAUAAAGUUCGUGUCGUGUUCGAUUGUGCAGCCGAAUGCGGGGGUACCUCUUUAAACAAGGAACUGUUACAGGGGCCGGACCUUACCAACAGUUUGGUUGGAGUCUUGACGCGAUUCCGCGAAGGACCAGUGGCGAUGAUGGCAGACGUUGAAGCAAUGUUCCACCAAGUGCGAGUCCGACCCGAGGAUUGCGAUGCCUUACGUUUUCUGUGGUGGCCUGAGAACGACCUCAACCGCGAACCUGAAGAGUAUCAGAUGUUGGUUCAUCUAUUCGGCGGGAUAUCUUCACCAACCUGUGCUAACUUCGCCCUACGACGGACCGCUGACGACAACGCGAAAGAAUUCGAUUCCGAAAUCAUCAACACUAUCAAGCGCAACUUCUACGUAGACGAUUGCCUCAAGUCAACCGAAAAUGAACAGGUAGCGAUUAACACGGCAGAGCAAUUGCGACUUCUUCUAUCCAAAGGUGGAUUUCGACUAACAAAGUGGCUGUCAAAUUCCAGAAAGGUAAUCGAGUCGGUUCCCGAGUUAGAAAGAUCGAAGUCGUUUAAAGAAGUAAUCCACUUUGCGGAUUUACCAACCGAACGUGCUCUCGGUGUCUUGUGGAACGUUGAAGCUGAUACGUUUGGAUAUUCUAUCUCAUUGAAAGAUAAACCACUUACGCGACGAGGAAUUCUGUCAGUUGUGUCUUCGGUGUAUGACCCCCUUGGUUUCGCAGCGCCCUUCAUUCUGCUUGCCAAAGAAAUCCUGCAGGAUCUGUGCAGAAUGAAUAUCGGAUGGGACGACCCAAUCCCGGAUAUUUACAUUAAACGUUGGGAAGCAUGGUUGAAAGACUUACCUAAGUUGGAAGGUCUCAAAGUUAAACGCUGUUUUAAGCCGCCUGGAUUCAGCGAAGUCGCUUCGUCCGAGUUACAUCACUUCUCUGAUGCUUCACAGCGUGGCUACGGUGCUAUUUCGUAUUUACGAAUGAUCGACGCGAAAGAAGAAGUUCACUGCGCGUUUGUGAUGGGCAAAUCAAGGUUGGCACCGUUGAAAUCAGUUACAAUUCCACGGUUGGAAUUGUCGGCAGCUGUCUUGGCAACGAAGUUAGACAAGACGAUUAGGAAAGAAAUCGAUAUUCCAAUCAAUGAUUCGUUCUUCUGGACCGGACAGUACGUGUGUACUAAGUUAUAUUUCGAAUGAAGACAAGAGAUUCCACACUUUCGUUGCAAAUCGCGUGUCUACAAUUCACGAUGCAUCAUCACCAUCUCAAUGGAACUACGUUGACACGAAAUCUAACCCUGCUGACGACGCGUCGAGAGGACUGGAAAUAGAGGAUCUGCUGAAGAACAAACGUUGGCUGGAUGGACCAGAGUUCUUAUGGAAAACAAAAGACUGCUGGCCGAAACUGGAGAUCAACGAUGUUUCCAAAGUUAAAGAGGACGAUCCAGAAGUAAAGAAAUGCAAAUCUCUGGCAGUCACAACUAAUCCCGCCGCCUUUUACAACAUGAGUGAAAUAUUUUCCAGAUUUUCCUCCUGGUACCGUUUGAAAAGGUUUGUUGCCUGGCUGCUGCGUUACAGGUCGGCAUUACGUAAAGCUCGCGAAAGACGUUCUCGAGGGGAGCCCGUACCGAAACACACAGAGAUUCAGCCGAUGACUGUUAAAGAGAUGCAAGAAGCGGAACGCGAAAUCGUCAAAGUUGUACAACAACAAAGUUUCCCAAUUGAGAUUGCAGCUAUUCGAAAGAAAGAAAGUUCCAAUGCCGAAAACAAUGGCAACUUGAGAGCAAUCAAACCAUCAAGUCCAAUCUACAAGCUUGACCCGAUCUCGAAGAAUGACGUUUUAUGCGUUGGAGGACGUUUGCGAAACUCAACACUCUCAGAUGAAGCGAGGAAUCCUGUGAUAUUACCAAAAAGUCAUCAUGUCGUGAAAUUAAUCAUCGAGUAUUACCACGACAUUUCUGCCCAUUCUGGAUUGGAGCAUGUUCUAGCAUUAUUAAGAGAAAGAUACUGGAUUGUUGGCGCUCGCGUCGCAAUCAAGAGCGUACUAGGACGGUGUCAUGAUUGUAAGAAGAGACGUGCACCUGUUGGUGAGCAAAAGAUGGCAGAUCUUCCGGAAGAUCGUGUCACACCUGGGAAACCGCCUUUCACUAACGUAGGCGUAGAUUGUUUUGGGCCUUUCACAGUGAAACGCGAUAGAAGUCGUGUGAAAAGAUACGGUGUACUGUUCACUUGUUUGGCGAUUCGAGCGGUACAUAUCGAAAUUGCGAACAAUUUGGACACUGACUCGUUUAUCAAUGCGUUGAGGAGAUUUUUAGCGAGGCGGGGUCAGCCUGAAGAGAUACGGUCCGAUAACGGAACGAAUUUCGUUGGAGGAAAUAGAGAGUUACGGGAGUCCAUCAACUUGUGGAAUCAAGAGAAGAUCAACCAGUUCUUGACGCAGAGAAAUGUGAAAUGGACUUUCAACCCACCCAAAGCAUAUCACCACGGAGGUGUUUGGGAACGUUGUAUUCGUACGGUAAGGAAGGUUCUGAAUGCAAUUACGAAAGAGCAAGUGCUUGACGACGAACGUUUGUACACCCUCAUGUGCGAAGUCGAAGCAAUUGUGAACGGCCGACCAAUUACGAAAGUCUCGGACGAUCCUAAAGAUCUCGAAGCCCUCACUCCAAACCACCUGUUACUGCUCCGGAAAGGAUCCCACGUUCCCCCCGGUGUAUUUACCAACAACGAUACCCAUUCGCGUCGCAGAUGGAGGCAAGUCCAAUACCUUGCAGAUAUCUUCUGGAAACGUUGGGUAAAAGAGUAUCUACCACGUCUGCAAGAACGCCAAAAAUGGACCAACUCUCGAAGGAACUUUGCCGUGGGAGAUAUUGUGCUUCUCGUUGACGAAAGCUCGCCUCGUUGCAGAUGGCCGUUGGGAAGGAUAGUCGACGUUCACCGGAACAGUAAAGAUAAGCUCGUGCGAAGUGUCUCGGUGAGAACGAAGUCUACAAUCUUGGACCGGCCGGUGGCGAAGAUAGUCCUGUUGGAGACAGUGGAACACAUAGAAGGAGAAGGAAGAACCAAGUGAACGGUUUGAUAUUUAUUAAUAGAUAAUUUUACUUUUCGAUCCAUUUAUGUUUGGGAAAUGCUUCACAUAAAUAGUUUCGCAUUUAGGGGCCGGUAUGUUGGAUCGGAAAGCUACAUUAAGACGUUAAGCUAAAUAAGUGCAUCAUUGUGAAUGACACUCGCAUCUGUUAAUGAUCACAUAGCAGUCGAACAUUUGUUAGUAUAGAUAAUCAGCCUUUAUUUUAUCUCAUAAUUGGUUUAUAUGACAAGUGUACAUCAUGACACGCAAACCAGUGUAUGGGUCAGUAUAGUUUUGUAAUUCAAAGAGAGAGGAACUGCUACAUUUUUUAGAGUAUUUUAUGGUAAAAGAAUAGACGAAAAAGAGCGACAGGGAAAACAUCUGUAAGUGACAAUUUAUGUGCAUGCAGUUCAUAAGUUUAUUGUGUAGUUAUGUUUUAUAUAGUCAGUUUAUACGAUUUAGUAUUAAUUUAGGUCUAUAUCUAUUCUAUUUAGUCGAACCACGUUUCACGUUUAUGUUCACGGUUACUGUGCGUUUUACACGUUAAAGACUUUUGUUGAAAUUAUAUACUUGAAAUUAUCGUCUCGAGUUUGCGAUCGUGUAUUUCGUUGCCGUUGGUUUUGUCAGAAUUUGUUUAUAUUCUGAACUAUUUCGCCACGUGCGUUUGGAGCGUUUUCCAACCGAUUCAUCAAAUUUUCUGACUAUACUCACACGUAAGCCUACGAACUGAAUUUGGUCCUCUCGUUUAGAAGUAGUGAGGCUUACACCCGCGACGAAAAAGCGACGAAAGACCAGGAAGAAAUGUCCUUCAAAAGUAGAUAGUUUUACUGAAGCAGAUCGUGAUGUGGACUACAAACAAAUAUUGCUCUCAACGACGAGAGAUGAAGGGUAUGUUGUUUCGCUUUGUUCUUUUCUUGUUCGAUUUGAACAUAAUAUUUUUAGCAGUUCCGAGUUCGUUUACAUACACAGCAUUUAAUACAGCAACAUAUUUUUUACUAGUUAUGACGGAACACAUUUCAUCAGUCAACUUGAAAUUGGCGUCGAAGAUCGACUCAAGAAGCGGGGUAAACCUCCUAGAAUGGUACGAUAUUGCUUCUAUUGUGGAUGGACACACGCACUGAUCGUAAGUAUUAAAGAAGAUUUCAUAGUUGAAUCUUUAGUUACCAAGCGUGCAUGGUCUUCACGCAACAAAAUUUUUCGGCUUGAUUCUAGAAAAAUGGAGUUGGUCCUGAUAAUAGCGAAUAUGCUUUUCCAAGAGAAGUCCUACAAUUCCUGAGAUACAUCGCACCAGGUGAUAUCAAGGGAGAGAUAAGAGAAGUGAGUUUUUCUGACUUUUGUUUCCAGUUUGG